AUGCCUGUCGCUGUGGCUCACUCGCAUCGGCCAACGACAAAGGUCACGCACAAGCCAUUCAAGUCGAGGGCUGCUUCCAAGCAUGAGUUGAGAGACCGUGCCAAGGGUCGAGUCCCCAACGAAAAAGGCCAGCGAAAAACUAUCCAUCAACAAGUCAUGUCCAAGUUCGACCGACGCAACCAGGCCAAGCAGGCCCGCUUGAACAAGCACAAGGAGCACGUCAAGGAGACCUCGGUUUUUGCUGGACGAGAUGGAGCGCCCAGAAACGUUGCGGUUAUUCCUCUGUGCGCUGAUGGAGACGCCAAGGUCGCUAUCCAGCAGUUGAAUGGCAGCAUCGAUAUCGAGGACAGCGCUGUGGAUGGAAACUUCCGAGUCACAGUCGACCGAUUCAAGCAAAAACUCCAGUACAUUCCCCUCGAGCGAGAUCUGACCGCCUGUCUGGAUGCUGCGCGGGUGGCCGACUUUGUGGUUGUGGUUCUGUCGGCGAAUACCGAGGUUGACGAGCUUGGUGAAUUGAUCCUGCGAAGUGUCGAAAGCCAGGGCAUGUCGACCCUCUUCACCCUCGUCCAAGGACUCGAAACAAUUGAGCUCGCUAAGCAGCGACAAGGAGUUCUGGGCUCUCUCAAGUCCUUCAUCACACACUUCCACCCCGAGCAAGAGAAGCUCUACAGCCUCGAAAACCGACAGGAAUGCGCCAACCUCAUGCGGUCACUAUGCAGCACAACACCAAAGGGCGUCCGGUGGAGGGAGGAGAGGAGUUGGAUGCUGGCUGAGGAUAUCAAGUUUGCUUACUCCAACUCCGACCCCACUAUUAUCACUGGUGUUGUUCGUGGUAAGGGUCUCAAGGCCGACCGCCUUGUUCAGGUUGGCGACUGGGGAACUUUCCAGAUCCAAAAGAUUGUGGCUGCUCCCCUACCAAAGCACAUCAAGAAGAAGGGAGAGGAGAUCACAAUCGAGCCUACAGAGGGUGAGAAGGUUCUCGAUGAGCCCUCUGAGGAUCGAGAUGAUCUGGUCGAUCUUGCCCCUGAGGAGGUCAUGAUGGAUGCUGAUGACGAUGCCGCUAUGGAGACUGAGCCCGCACAGAAGAAGGGUGUUUUGCUGGAUGACCACCACUACUUCUCAGAUGAGGAGGCUGAGGCGAAGAAGAUUAAGAAGAAGGUGCCCAAGGGUACAUCCAACUACCAGUCAGCCUGGUACCUUGAGGAUGUCUCAGACGACGAGUCCGAUAUGGAGGAUUUCGAGAUGAAGGACGAGGCUGGAGAGGAGGAGGCUCGCCCUGAGGAUGGUCUUGAGGGUCGUGCUCCCGCUCCCCCAACUGAGGGUGCCCCUUCAGAAUAUCCUCAAUCGGAGAUGAUGAUUGAGCCUGAUGAGGAGGAGGAUGCUAAGCAGCUCGAGCAAUUCCGAGCACGAAAGCGGGACGAGGUUGAGGACGACAAGGAGUUCCCUGAUGAGAUCGAGUUGCACCCUCACGUGCUGGCACGAGAGCGUCUAGCCCGAUACCGUGGUCUCAAGAGUCUGCGAACCAGUGUGUGGCAGGAGGAUGAGGACCGCGCCCACGAGCCUGAGGAGUGGAGGCGUCUGCUCCAGGUUCCCAACUACCAGUCUUCGCGGUCUCAGGCGACACGAGAGGCUCUUGUUGGCGGAGUUGAGCCCGGAACCCGUGUCCAAGUCUACAUCAAGGGCAUCUCUCCCAUCGUUGAGAAGACUUAUAACCCCAAGUCGCCCCUGACUCUGUUCUCCCUGCUCCGACACGAGAACAAGAAGACGGCCGUCAACUACCUCUUCAACCUCAGCUCUGACUUUACCAAGUCCAUCAAGGCCAAGGAGGAGCUCAUCGUCCAGUGCGGACCCCGUCGAAUGGUCGUCAAGCCCCUAUUCUCUCAGCCCGGGCAGACACCCAACGAUGUUCACAAGUACUGCCGGUACCUGCACCCCGGUCAGUCAGCUAUUGCGACCUUUAUGGGUCCUCUGACAUGGGGAGCGGUCCCUGUGCUGUUCUUCAAGAGAACUACAGCUGAGGAGGUUGAGACCGAGAAUGGCCAACAUAUCGGCAUGUCACUGGUUGGCACCGGAACCGCCCUGCCACCAUCUACCUCUCGCGUCAUCGCCAAGCGAAUCAUCCUCGCCGGCCACCCUUACCACAUCCACAAGAAGAUCGUCACCAUCCGAUACAUGUUCUUCAACCGCGAGGACGUCGAGUGGUUCAAGGCGAUGCCCCUGUGGACCAAGCGCGGCCGCAGCGGCUUCAUCAAGGAGCCGCUAGGCACCCACGGCUACUUCAAGGCGACGUUUGACGGCCGAAUCAACCCGCAGGACUCGAUCGGUGUCAGUCUGUAUAAGCGCGUGUGGCCGCGCAACGCUGCGCCCGUCGAGGGCCGGUUGUUGGAGAUUGACCCGAGCACACUCAACGCUGAUGGCGAUAUGAUGAUGGAUGAAUAG